AUAUAUAUAUAUAUAUAUAUAUUAUAAUACGGUUUAAUAGGUUGGAAUAAACCUAAUUUCAGGAAGGGUUAUUGUGGAUAUUAUAGUAAUUUUAAUGGUUGAGAUCAUAAAUUAAUUGAAGUUAGACCAUCAUGAAAAACCUGAAAUCACUGAACGACCAAAUCGUUCUGCUAGAGAACUCCUUAGUAGUGCGUAUAUAUAAUGGUAUAGAAGUUAGGCAUUCAUAAGGCUCUAGAUUGUAAUCCGACGAGGUGUCUCAUACUAGGACAAAAUGGCCAUCCAGUGCUUCCAGGUAUUUUUAUGAUGGUCUAACAUCAAUCGAUUCAUGAUCUCAAUCAAAAACACAAUAAUCUCUGCAACACUAUACUGAAAAUCAUUUACAGGAGGGAGAAGUGCAUUCCAAACAUUUUUCGCAUUUAUGCUCAGUCCUACCAGAAAAAGCCUCCGAGUUUUAUCAACGUCUUCAACAAACAGGACUUUAUCAUCUGCGUAUUCUAACUCGAUAAGUUAAACAUGGUUAAACAUAGAAAAAUCAUUCAGCAUGUGUGUAUAAACACCAAAUACCAUUGUCAUAAAUGUAUAUGAAAAUCAAUGAAGAAAACAUUUCACAAUUGUAUGUAUCUUCUCCUUUUACAGAAUAAAUAAUUAGCUUCAUAUAUAAUUCAAAUAUAAUAGAAAAGAACUAUUCAUAGUAAUGCUAAUUAUAGAUUAUAUUCAUCGAAUUAAUUCAGCGGUAGUAACUUGAUAGUAAACUAUGAAAGUAUAUAUAAAUAAUUUAUUUAUGUAUUUAUUAUUAAUAUGAGAAUGUGUUUUGUGGAUACGAUAGUAAUUUCAAUGGUUGAGAUCAUGAGUGAAUUAAAGCUAGACCAUUAUGGAAAACCCGAAAGCAUUGGAAAGUUGAUUUGUCUUAUUGUGAGACUUCUCAUUAGUGAGCAUCCACGAUCCUGCCUCGCGAGAUUUUAACCCAUGUCCUAUCAGUUUCGCGCGCGAACGCUUAAUCAUUAGACCACUGAGUCAGCGUCUAACUUCAACUACUCCACGAAAUUGAGGGACAUAUCCACCAUUGUCAUCUCACAACAGACAUGACUGAAUUUCGCUGGUCACUACUUCUCAGUGCUUUAAGGUUUUCCAUGGUGGUCUAGCUUGAAUUGACUCAUGAUCUCAACUAUUAAAAAUAAACUGAAUUGUUAGAUAAGUAUUAUAUUAAAGAAUACUUAUUUUAUUGUGUUUAUUGAAAAUCAGUUUGUGAGUUUAAAUUCAUUUGAUAAUGUUUUAUUCGAAUCUUCCCACUGAUGUUUUUGACUAUAAUUGAUCAGUCUUUUAUUAGCAUAUAUGCAUACUAUGCCUAUUCCCUCGAUAUUACCUUAAUUUACAAGUAUUAUAAGCAAAGAUGGAUAGUGACUAGUAGUGGCUAUCAGUACUGAGUAGCUAAGUGGAUAACGCACUAAUAUGUCCCAAAUAGGAAGAAACGACCAUCCUCGAUUCCGCUGCUAGUCACUAUCCAUCUAUGCUAAUAAAGUUUGUGUGUUUGGUUGUGAAUAUGAGAUUUACCAAGUCAGAUUUGUGUAUUCAAUAAAUUUAUAAUAAAUAGCCUAUCUUUUUUACCAACAUAUACUAACUGAUGAGUUGUCUGUUAUUACUGAGGAGUACUGGAUAGUUACUUAGUUUUGGUUUCAUACUUGGUGACUUAUAUAUCACAAGUUAUUCCAGACUUUUAAAUCAAAUUGAGAAAAUUUUAUCGUGAAUAGGAACGAAUUAAAGUAUAUGAAUGAUAAUUAAUGUAUUAUUAAAAUCUCAAUGUUUUCACUAUGAACUAAAUUCUCGACUUCAUAAAAUUUCAAUUUGAAGGUAACAUCUAUUAGAUAUGUAAUGUUGACAUGAACUGGCUUAUACACUAAGCGAAAUUAUAAGAUUCGCUAUCAGAAUAAAUAUGGGUCAGAUAAGGUGAGAGAAAUAAUAGUGCAUUUAAAAAUUCCAUCCUAUUGAAGAUGCUACAGGUAUUCGGAGUUUGACAACGCUUUAACCAGUAACAUCUUCUAAUAUAAAGCGUACCCACCAAGUGAAAUCAAAAGACAGAAGCGAGGAGGUUCGAAGAUAUAUUUGAUAGGCUAUCAAUAUAUAUCGAGGAUCGUCUGAUCUAAUCUGGCUAGCGAUUGUAGUAGAUGUUGAGCACGGCGUUCCCAAACGUGAUCUGGUGCGGAUGCUUGACCGAGCGCCUUCAGCUAGAUGAGUAGUCCAUUAAAACUAAUGUGGUCAGCAUCCAGUGUCGAAAACUUACAGAGCUAUUUAUUUUGGGAAUUUAUUUACCGCUACACUAUAUUCGAGUAUACAAAGUUACAUGAUAAACUACAUCCAUAUGGAGAAUUAAUACAAGUAUUAUUAGUGAAAAUCUAUAUAUAUAUAAAACUUGAUCAUGAAUUACUGUAGUUGAAAAGAAUACAAGACCUAUUUUGUGUUUUUGAAAUAUUUAUCUGUAUCUAUCAAUUCAACUACACCUGUGAAGUAAGUUAUAUUGGCAAAUGUUCUAGGAAUUUGUACAUUCAAACUCAUGAGCACCUUUCAGUAUGGUUAAGCAAAAGUUUAGUCAAAAUGAUUAACAGCUCCAUUUUAACCCAUUUAAUUCAGAUAGGAUAUACAGUAAAUAUAAAACAAUCUUUCAUAAAAAAUAUUUAUCUUUCUACUUGAUCUCAAUUUAUCGAACAAGAUGAUUUAAACAGACAAACCGAAUGUGUUUAUUGACGGAUUAUGUAAUUUCUAAAAUAGAUUAUAAUGUUUCCCUCCCCCCCCCUCUGAUAUUCCUAUUCCUUAUUGUAUUAUAACAAUUUACUUAUCAUUAUUAUGUAAUUCAAUAUUAGUGAAAAUUAAUUUUAAUAACUUAACUUAAUUUUUUCUAAUAUUUUAUUUCAGUCAUAAAAAAAUGUUUAUCCAUUAAUUAAUCCCAAUACCACACACACACACACACACACACCAAAAGAGGGAGAGGGAGAGAGAGAGCGAGAGAGAGAGUAAGGAGAGAAAGAGAGAUUAUUACAAAUAAUUCACUUACCAAAUUUAUAAUGCAACGAAUAAUUUGGAUUGAUUUUUAUCAAUCUAUUUAUAAAUCAUUUAUCUUAACUAUUCUAUUUACAAUUUAUUUAAAUCAAUUCAUCUAUCAUAUUCAUGCUCAAACUACACGGAUUAUACGUAUUAAAGAGAAUAUACCAAUUGGUACUGUAAUUAUACCAAAUUUAAUUCAUUUUUUAUAUGGAAAAAAUUAUUCACCAAUAGAACAAUAUGAAUAUAAUAAAAAAGAUAAAAAUAUUGAUUAUUUAUUAGCUAUUGGUAAUUCAGUUAUGCAAGGUGCUAAUUGGUUUGCUAUUGAUAAUAAAAAAUAUAGUUUAUAUGUAAAAAUAUCACCAGAUCGUGAUAUAUUAUGUCCAAAUAAUCAAAAAUUACCAGAAACUGCUGUAUCUAUUACAAAUGGUGGAAUUGAAUUUCCAGAAUAUAAUUUAAAUCCAGGAUCAAAUUAUAAUUUACAAAUGAAUAAUAAUAAUAAUCAUAAUAAUAUUAAUAAUAAUCAUAAUAAUAAUCAUAAUAUUGAUAAUAAUGAUUGUAUAAUUAAAUUAUCAAUUAUACAUGGUUCAUCAGCAAAUCCUUCAUUUGAUUUGAUUACAAUUAUUUUAGAAGAUAUAAAUGAUCAUACACCAAGUUUUAAAGAGAUUCAAACUUAUUUAGAUAGUAAAACAAAUGAAUUUAUAAUUAGUGUACCAGAAACACCAACAUUUAUUGAUAAAAAAGAUGAUAUAUUAAAUAUUAAACAUAGAACUGAUUAUAAACCAAUAAGAAUUUUAUUACCAACAGCUAUAGAUCCAGAUCAAGGAGUAAAUAGUAUUAAAGGUUAUCGAUUAGAAGGUGAAGAUGCAUAUUAUUUUCGACUUGAAAUAGGUCCAUUAAUAAAUAAUGAUAUAAAUUAUCAAAUUCAUAAAGAAUUUCAACAAGUUGGAUUAUUUCAAGAUCAUAAAUCUAAUCGAUUAUGGUUAGUACCAAUUAGAAAUAAUGGUGGAAUAACAGAUAUUAUAAAUAAUGGUGAAUUAGAUAAAGAACAAAAAAGUGAUUAUCAUUUUAUUUUAGUUGCAUAUGAUGGUGGAUCACCAUCAAGAAUAGGUAAACUUCCUAUACAUUUAAUUAUUGAAGAUAUUAAUGAUCAUUCACCAGAAUUUAAUCAAGAAUUUUAUAUAGGAAAAAUAUCAGAAAAUGAUCCUGGUGGUCAUAUUAUUUUUGAAUUUUCUGCUAGAGAUAAAGAUAAUACAAAAGAGAAUGGUCUAAUCAAAUUUCGUAUACCAGGUCAAAUUGAUCAAAAUUCAAAUUUAAAUGAUAUUAAUGGUCAAAGAGAUAGACAUAGUUUAACAGAUAGUCAAUUAAUUGCUGCAGAAUUAUUUUCUAUAGAAUAUCCAUAUGAUAAAUCAAAUGAUAUAAUAAAUAUACAAGAAAAUUUUUAUAAUAGUACUGUUUAUGGUCGACUUAUUAUUAAACGUCAAUCAAAAGAUAAAAUUCAACAAGCUACAUCUAAAGCUAUUAAAAUAGCACGACAUAAUCAAAUGAUGAUCGGAUCAAAAUUAGGAUCUAAUAUUCCAUUAAAUCAUCAAUUCAAUAAUAAUAAUAAUAAUAAUGAUAUAUCAUCUAAUAAUAAUAAUAAUAACAAUGAUCAACUACAUUUUUUUAUAGAAGCAUAUGAUAAUGGUUUAACUCCAUUAGUAACUAAAGUACCUGUAAUUAUUCAUAUUAUUGAUGUUAAUGAUCAUCCACCAGAAAUUUUUAUAUCAUAUCUUAAACCAACACAAUCAAUUAAUCAAUUAAAUUUAUAUAAUAAAGAUAGACGACAAAUAUGGGGUAAAAUAAUAGAAAAUUUAGAAAGAUCAAUGAUAGCACAAAUAACUGUUAUUGAUAAAGAUUCAAUUUAUACCCAAUCAGAUAUUAUUUGUAAAACAAAUGAUAGUCGAUUUUUAUUAGAAGAAAUCAAUAAUCAUAUAGAUCGAUUAAAUGAUUUAUCAUUAUUAUAUUGGCCUAGAAACAAUAUUGAUUUAAAAUCAAAUUUUAUUGAAUGGAAUAAUCAAAAUAAACCAUUAACAAAAAUGUAUAAAUUAAUGUCAAUAUCAUCAUUAGAUAGAGAAUAUAAUAAUAAUAAUAAUAAUAAUAAUAUACAAUCAUCAUUUAUAAAAUUUUCAAUUAUUUGUAUUGAUAAUCAACAUAAUGAAUUACCUGGUGGUUCAUUAACAUCACAAGCAGAUAUAAUUCUUGAAAUAGAAGAUACAAAUGAUAAUUCACCUAUAUUUGAUCAUAAUGAAUAUACAUUUCAUUUACCAGAAAAUUAUCCUAAAAUAAAAUUAGAACAUAGUAUUAAUCUAUCUGAAAUGGAACGAUAUCCAAUUGGUAUAGUACAUGCAAAUGAUAAAGAUGAAGGAAUUCAUGGAAGUGUUAAUUAUAAAUUAAUCUCUAAUCCAACUGGUUCAAUACAAAUAGAUAAAUAUAGUGGAAUGCUUUAUGCUAUUCAACCAUUUGAUCGUGAAACUAUAAAUGAAUUAGUAUUUCAGGUAUAUGCAAUAGAUUGUAUAUCAUCAAAUGGAACUAAUGAUCAACAAUGUGAUGAGUCAUUGAGAUUAACAGGAACUGCUAAUGUUCGUAUAAUUAUUGAUGAUCUAAAUGAUUCUCCUCCUGUUUUUCAAGAAACUAACUAUCAUUUUGAAGUUGAAGAAGGAUUAGAUCUUGUUAAAGUUGGACAAGUUUGGGCUUUGGAUGCUGAUCAAGAGGAAGCUGCACGUAUUUCCUAUCGUCUAGCAGUUGGAAUUAAUAAUCGAAUUAAAGAACCAAUAAAUGAUGGAAAUUUUGCAGAACAAGUUACAAAAUCCUCUAAUAAUCAGAAUCUUUACGAUGAAGCACUUGAGAUUACCACUCAUUUUCAAAUUGAUCCAAGAAGUGGGAUUAUUCACUUAAAGGGAAGGUUAGAUCGUGAAAGACGAGCACACUAUGAAUUCGUGGUUCUAGCGUUGGAUAAUCCUAGAUCCAUACCGACUAAAAUAGCUGGAUAUCAAAGACAAACAACAAAUGAAGUUAUUCAGUUCACAGCAACAGCAACAGUUCUAAUAACUGUGUUAGACCACAAUGAUAAUGCACCUAGAAUACUCAGUCCAUUGAAUCAUGUAGAGUUUAUGCUAAGCCCAGAUCAGCUAAUUGCUGGAAAUACGAUAUUUACAAUACGUGCGACUGAUCCAGAUUUAGGUGAAAAUGGUACAAUUGAAUACAAAUUACUUCAGGUAGAAGAUGACCUAGGUUCAUGGAAUUUUGCAGAAUCUGUUCAAAGAAAUAGUCAAGUAAAUCAUAGAAAUACUACAGAUACGAAUUCACAAAUGAACCAAGAAAGUAAAUCUUCAAAUGUUGACUAUCCAUUUGCUGUAGAUCGAACUGCAGGCAUUUGCUAUCUUCGAGAGAACUUACCACCGUUAAAUGUUGAUGGUCCUAGAGCUUAUAUGCUACGUAUAUUAGCCUAUGAUUUGGGAAAACCUGAUAGUUUAAACACAACUCUAGUUAUUCGUGUAGCUCGUCAAGUAGGAACAAAUGUAGAUAUGUCAAAUGGAAUAUUAUACUCAAAUCGAAUUAAUACUAAAGAAUACCGACAGACUGGAAGAAUAGAAACACAACAAUAUUUAUUCCCAUCAAAUGAUCAUGAUUCUGAAUCAGAUGUUAAAGUUGGAACAUGGACAUCAGCAGGACAUGCAAGAAUAUCUGAUAAAACAAUGGUUGUUAUUUUAUCAACUGUAUUUGUUUUACUAUUGCUUACAACAAUUGUUCUCCUACUACUUGUACGCUAUAGACGUCUAUUAAUAAGAAAUAUUCCAUUAGAACAAAGUUUAGCAUGUGAUGGUCCGGAUUCAAAAGCAAAUGAAGGUUUUGCUGUGGGUAAACCAAUGAGUCCAACUCAAAAUAAUUUGAAUGGUUUCAACGGGUUUUUCACCGAGGUUGUUACAGCUCCUUGGGUUCGUGGUUCAACAUCACCAGUUGUUUACCCAACUCCAUGUAACUAUCCCACUAUAUAUAAUACAGGUGUUAACCGUUCAAGAGGUUGUAUAGCAAAUCCUAAUGCUUGUUGGUCACCUACAACUACUUUAUGUAAAUCACCUAUUUCUAAUCAUGAAAAUGAACGAAAAUGUAUGCAAACACCAACUACAAUGUAUCAUUCAUCACCAUCACAUGGAUUUAGAAUAUUACCAACAUUUGGUAUUACUAGUAGUUGUGUUGGUGUUGGAAAUAAUCGACUAUUCGAUUCCCCCGUUUCAAGUGUAAAUCCAUCAUUCUCUGGACUACCUAAUGGUUUUAUUCUUCAAAAUUAUAAUUUACGAGAUGAAGAUGAUGAUGAUGAUGAUAAUAAUGAAGGUAAUGGAAUAUUUCAUGAUAUAACACCAAAUAAUGAAAUAAAUAAUAAAACUAUUAAAACUAAUGAUGAAAGACAAAAUUUGAAAAAUCCUAAAUCAGAACAAAUCUUUUCAAAAUCAUUAGCGAAUAAUCUUCAUUGUCAAAAUAAAUUACCUGAAACAGAUAUGAUAAGAUCAUUUUCAUCAUUAAAACGAACAGCUAUUAGUCUUGAAGAGAUCAAUGAUUACAAAGAUGAAACAAAUUCUAAAAAUUAUAGUCGUUUAGUACGUUUCCAGUUAGCACAAGGUGAUUUACAUGAAAAUGAUCCUGUGCACAAUAUACCUAUAUCAUCUAGAAAUGAAUAUCAAACUUUAACAUCAUUUCAUCGUGGUGAUGAUGAUAGACAUUUAAAUAAAACAUCACCAUUAUUUUGUAGUUGGAUAAAAUCUGAUCAACAACAACAACAACCGAUUGAAUCCUUCCUAAAUCCAUAUGAUCAAUUAAAUUGUAAAACACAAUUGAAAUCAUCCAAACCAAAUAAUAAUAAUAAUAAUAGUGGGAAACAAAAUCAUACUACUACAACUAAUAAUAAUAGUGGCGGCUGUGGUGGUGGUGGUGCUGGUGCUGGUGGUAAUAGCAACAAUAAUAAUAAUAAUAACAAUGGUAACAAUCAUACUAUAUUCCCAGAAUUUUUUCAAUUACAACCAUUGACACAUUCACAAUUAACUGAUAAUCAUGAUACACCAUCAUGUGAGAAUUUAUGUCAAUCGGAUGAUUUUUACAUGUCGACAAUCAAAUCCAAUAAGAAAUGUGUUAAUAAUAACGAUAUACUAUUCGCUAACAAUACUAAUACUAAUAGUAAUACUAAUAAUAAUAAUAAUAAUAAACUAAUGCCUACAUUGAAUAAAUGUAAUAUAUUCAAUAAUAAUCAUUCAUUAACACAUUAUCCAACAACCAUGGAAUGUACACAUAAUAAUCUAUCAAAUUGUAAUCUUACUACAAAUGAUUUAAAUAAAUCACCAAAUAAAUUAAUAGAAGAGAAAAAAAUUAAAACAACACGUCAAACAAAAAUGGUUACUUUGAUUUCACCAAAGAAAGAUUCAUCAGUAAUAGUUAAUAAUAAUAAUAAUAAUCAUAAUCAUAAUGAUAUGAAUGAAAUGCAUAACUUAUAUGAUGAUAAUAAAGGAAAUACUAAUAUAAAUAAAUCAUUAAAUGCUGAAGGUAGUUUUGUUUAAUGUCAUAGUAACAAAAUGAUAAUGAUUUUAUUUAGGUUUAUUCAUUCUCUCUUUCUUUCUUUAUAUAUAUAUAUAUAUAUAUAUA